AUUGUGCUUUGCUUAUAAAGAAAGAAUUAAUUUUUUUGACGAAGAUUUUCUAUAUCCAAAUUUUUAAUUCUUUUUCCAAAACGAAUAAAGACAUCAGUGAGAGAGUUGUUGAUUUCUUUUUUCCAAGUUAUAGACAAAACGCAUUGUUUUCAGUCCAUCUGUUAGAACAAAGUGGCAUUUUUCAUCAUGCCGUUUUGGUCAACUGUGGAGUAGAAUAAAAACCCCAGAUGAGUGUUCUUAGCUUGAUAUCCAAUCCACAAGUGUGAAGUGGUUUUCUGUUUUCUCUGUUAUCUCAGAUAAGUGGUGAGGUUUAAGGAGGAAGAAAAUCAAAUCUUUCUCUCUGUUUUUUGGAGAUGGCCGGAGGGAGUCUUGCUCCGGCAGGUAAGGGCACAGAAAGAGCACAGCAGUACAAAGGGAAGGUCACCUCCUAUGUUGUCAUAGCAUGCAUUGUUGCUGCUGUUGGUGGUUCACUUUUUGGCUAUGAUAUUGGAAUUUCAGGAGGUGUGACAUCUAUGGAUGGAUUUCUUGAGAAAUUCUUCUACACAGUUUACAAAAACAAGAAGCAUGCACAUGAAAACAAUUAUUGCAAGUAUAACAACCAAGGGCUUGCAGCAUUUACUUCCUCUUUGUAUCUUGCUGGUUUGAUAUCAUCUUUGGUCGCUUCUCCUGUUACGAGAAAAUAUGGUCGUCGGGGUAGCAUAAUUUGCGGUGGAGUCAGUUUCCUGGUUGGAGCAACUCUAAAUGCAGCAGCAGUCAAUAUGGCAAUGCUUCUACUGGGUAGGAUCAUGCUUGGUGUUGGGAUUGGAUUUGGAAAUCAGGCAGUUCCACUAUAUUUAUCAGAGAUGGCACCAACACAUCUUAGAGGUGGCUUGAAUAUGAUGUUUCAGUUAGCUACUACCCUAGGAAUCUUCACUGCAAACAUGAUCAACUUCGGAACCCAGCAUCUCGAAAAGUGGGGGUGGAGGCUCUCUCUGGGAUUGGCUGCAGCACCAGCCUUGUUGAUGACAGUGGGGGGAAUACUUCUUCCUGAAACACCCAACAGCUUAAUUGAAAGGGGUUUAAAAGAGAGAGGCAGAAAAGUUCUGGAAAGACUUAGAGGAACUGGAGAUGUAAAUGCGGAGUUUGCAGACAUGUUAGAUGCAAGUGAAAUUGCCAAUGCAAUUAAGCAUCCUUUCAGAAACAUUCUUGAGAAAAAGAACAGACCGGAACUGGUUAUGGCAAUCUUCAUGCCAACUUUCCAGAUCCUCACAGGCAUAAACUCUAUUCUCUUCUAUGCUCCAGUGUUAUUUCAAACUAUGGGAUUCGGUGGAAAUGCUUCCCUCUAUUCCUCAGCUUUAACUGGUGCGGUUCUUUGUUCAUCUACACUGAUAUCGAUUGCUACUGUCGAUAAACUGGGCCGUAGAUUUUUGCUUAUUAGCGGUGGAAUACAAAUGAUUACAUGCCAGAUCAUAGUUGCCAUAAUCUUGGGGAUCAAGUUCGGCGAUAACCAGACACUAUCAAAAGGCUACUCCAUAUUGGUGGUGGUGGUGAUUUGCCUCUUCGUUGUAGCCUUUGGAUGGUCAUGGGGUCCCCUUGGCUGGACUGUGCCAAGUGAGAUUUUUCCUUUAGAGAUCCGAUCAGCUGGACAAAGCAUUACAGUGGCUGUGAACCUUCUUUUCACCUUCAUCAUUGCUCAGUCUUUCCUUUCCCUCCUCUGUGCGUUCAAGUUUGGAAUCUUCCUCUUCUUUGCCGGCUGGAUCACUGUCAUGACCAUCUUUGUCUAUGUGUUCCUGCCUGAAACCAAAGGGAUACCAAUUGAAGAGAUGAAAUUUGUAUGGAGACAGCACUGGUUCUGGAAGAGGAUAGUGCCUGAAUAUCCAGAAGAUGAGAGUAACUGGACGCAAAGCAAUUGACCCCGUUGACGAUAGAAUGUGCAGAACGAUUUCGAAAAUUCAGUCUAGCAUUAUAUAACAAGCAGCAAUGUAAUACAAGCAGCAUUUUUAACGUUUCAUUCAGUUCCCUUGAUUUCCUAGUAGAAUCAUGAUGUAGAAAAUAUCUUUUGUUCAAGCAAAAUUUCAGUCUGGAUUAGCCCACAUUUGUGUAAUGUAGGUUAUACUCGGCUGUAAUGUAGGUUAUACUCGGCAAACUUAUAUACCCGUGACGUUUAUUUGAAUCAGUAAAUUAACCGACCAAUAAUAAGAACAAGAAUUGCAAUGGACAAGCAUGGAGGGCAUCAAUUUAACCACAGUGGCUCCCAGCAGGCCAUCAAAGCCUAGCUGCAGACAAACAUUGGUUGUCUUCGAUGGCCUGGCCUAGAAUAAGCAAAUCUAGUGUAACCAACAGAAUAUCAGCACCCUCCAACAACACUAGCAUCAAUGCAUGCCUCUAUGUUUCUAAGUAUGAUAAAGAGCAAGUUAUAAAGUCAGUACAGAAAAAAAAAUUCCAAAAAACUCCUACCAGAAUAGCAAGAGAAGCAGUGUCCUCAAGAGUAAACUGUUUUCAUUAUGAGCAACAAACAUAUUCAAAGCCACAAGGUCAUGGAACCAUAAUCAUUUCAAACAUGUAUCUGGAACCUCUAGAAGUCCAUUUCUCAUACCACACCAUAACAAACAAACGGAGGUAAAAAAAAAAAAAUGGUUCUUAUCUCAGCGGGCACAGUAGAAAGAAGCCACAAAGCCUGACCUGUUUAAAACAAUGUGACCGAGAAAAAAUGAUCCCCUAGUGCUUGAAAAAUCCUAUAACCUAGCUAAAUAGCCAAUUAUGAAUACAUCAUAUUCAAAUGGAAGGUGUACUCCAAGAAUAAAUAAAUCAAGCAUAUAUACAUCAAAAUUUAAUUAUUGUACAGACCAAAAGAACAGAAAAGAAAUGGUAAUCUAGGCUUUUAUUCCAGUAAAAUGUAAUUAAAAAAAAAAAAAAAAACAAAGUACAGUGCUUAAAACUGAUUAGAAUACGAAACCAUCUCCAAACACUAAGUGCGUACAUGUAGAAAUCUAAAUAAUCAAAUCCAACUUCCCAUGUAAAAAUCAACCCACACAUACAUCUCCUUUAAUUGCCGCUACAUCAACCCCACAUUAGGCUACAAGAAUAUACACAACCCUAAGCUUUCUAUUCUUCUUCUUCUUUUUCUUCAUUCUUCAUUCUUCUGGAAAUUUAACCCCCAAAAAAAAAAUAUAAAGGGAAAAAAAAAAAAACCCUAAAUUUUAAA